AUGGGUAGCGGACACUCCAAAGAGAAGAAGGAGUCCAAGAAGGAGUCCAAGCGGUCUUCUCGACACGCCUCCUCUCGACACUCUACGUCGCGUCCCUCCAAGUCCGACUCCAAGUCAAAGUCUGAAUCCAAGUCCAAGUCCAAGUCUAGCUCGUCCAAAUCCAAGUCCAAAUCCUCACAUGGCCCUUCCACAAAGGAGCUUUGCGCAGAUCUAUCUCCAGAGACUUUGGAAGCCCUACAAGUGGAUUUCCUGUCCAAGCUCAGCGAACCUAGUUACAGAGCCGAGAGCCAUGUUGUAUGGGAGCUACUGACCAAGCACCAAAGGAAGAUGAGCAAACAGAUGCAGGCAAACUUCAACCACAUGACUGAGCCGCAGAUGACCAAGUUCAUAGAUGAGUGGCGACGCAAAGUUCCUCAAGAAAUGGACUAUGGCUACAACGUCGAAGAGGACACUCUUUACCCCCAAGAAGGCCAAUCCCCUGAAAACGCACUUGGUAUCUACAACAACGAGCCUGACAGUGCACAGGACAAGGGCAAGGGCAAGGAGCCUGUGCGACGUCAAAACGAACCUGACAAUGCAGAGGACAAGGGCAAGGGCAAAGAGCCUAUGCGACGGCACUCGGACGUCGAUCUGGCGCAGCUUUGA